AUGGCGUCAUGUAUAGCUGAAAACGUUCCACAGUAUGAUCAUUUCCAUUCAUCAAUGUUCAAUACCAUUAAUGAUAAAACGAGAUUAAUUCAUUCACAAUUUGAAAAAAAACUAUUAAUUCGAUCAUCAACAGCAACAACUUUGUGUGAGAGUAAUAUUAAAACAGAGACACUAUCAACACUUCGUCGAUUAUCCACAUCAUUUUGUCACGAGAAUAAAUCAGUUUCAUCAACAACUACAGAGACACAUAUUAAAAGUUGGAAAAUAGCAGACGAUAAAGUUAACAGUAUUACUAAAAAAUCAAGAUUGGACUAUCUUCAAUUAUCAAAAAAACGUCAAUUGAGUGGUUUAAAUGAAAAGAAUAAUUUGAAAUAUAUUAAAAAUAAUAAUAAUUGGACAAGAUCGAAAGAUGACAAUGACGCACCAUACAAUAUGUGUCGUAAAAAUAAAAAAAUAAAUAAAAAGAAAAGUCCUUGCGGCUUUUUUCUGGGUGAAAAUAUAGCAUUCGAGAAACCUGUAUUACGUAAUUCAUUCAGUCAUAGUACAGCACAAGAAUAUUUUGAUAUAAAUACCGAUGAAGAACCACAAUUUACAUCAUUACCAACCACAAUAGUUACUAAAUCUUCAGUAUCUGUACCUUACCGAAAACCGACUACCGAGACAGCAAUAACAAUGUUGUUGUGUGAACAACCUCCAAUAUUAUCAUCAUUUUUAUCUGUAAGUGGUCAUUAUCGAACCAUACCUGAACAGUCAACUUCAAAAAAAGUAGAAUCAAAAGAUCAAGUUAAGUUAUUAACAUCAAAUCAAUUGUCAGAUUAUUUAGAAUCAUUAUCAUCCGAUUUUGUUCUUAUCGAUUGUGGUUCACCAUUUCGAUACGUUGAGAAACAUAUUAAUAAAUCUUUCCUACUACAUGUUGCAGAUAAAUUAUCGAAAAAACGUUUGACAACACAUGGAUUAUCCAAAUAUCUUGAUACAACACAAAUGAAAUUGAUCGAUAAUAGUGAAUUUAUUAUCCUCUAUGAUGACAAUGUGACUAUAAAUAAUAUAAAAAACAUUUCAUGUCCUAAUUUAGCAACAACACUCUCAAAUAGCGCAGAUGGAUAUCAGUUAUCACUCUCUUAUUCAUCACUUAUAAUGAAUGAUAAUGGAAAUGAUACUAUAUCUUCGUCUCAACUAACUCCAUCGUUAAAAUGUAUCUAUGAUGAAUUAAAACGUUAUAAUCCAUUGAAAUCUAUUUUCAUAUUGGAUAGACCAUUUAACGAAUUUUAUUGUAAAUAUUCUCAUCUAUGUACUGAACAAAAAAAUAUACCGUCAUCAGAAUCAUCAUCACUAGAACAACAACUAAAUGAACAGCAAUUAUCACGUUCAGAUAUUGAAAAUUGUUUAUUGAUUGAAAUAAUACCUGGACUCUAUCUUGGAAAUGAAGCAGAUGCAAAAAAUUAUGAUUUAUUAGAAAAAAAUAAUAUUAAAUCUAUUGUUAAUGUUACGACGUGUGUACCGUGUUAUUUUGAAUCAAAACUCGACUAUUUACGUUUACCGUGUGAUGAUACAUGUCGACAAAAUUUAAUCGAAUAUUGUAACGAAAAAACAUUUCAAUUUAUUCAAAAUUCAUUGACUAAUAAGAAAAAUGUACUUAUUCAUUGUAAAGCGGGUAUAUCUCGAUCACCUGCCAUUCUCAUAGCAUAUUUAAUGAAAUAUCAUCAAUCUGAAUUUAGAACAAUGAAUGAAGCAUAUAACUAUGUAAAAACAAAACGUUCAAUUGUAUCACCAAAUUUAAAUUUUAUGGGACAACUGCUUCAAUAUGAAAAACUUUUGACACCAAUAAUAACAAAAGAAUCGUGA